AUGCAGCACCUUUGCGACGAGAUCAUACAGAUUAUCUUGAAUGAGCUCGAGAAUCCGACGAACUUUAGUCUUAUUUCAAAGCGGUUCUACCAGUUCACGCAGGAUCCGUAUGUCCGCGCAUCGUAUUUCCUCGCCCGCUAUGGCCGGAUACAGGCGCUUUACUGGGCUCUGGGGAGAGGCAAACUAAUGAACGAGAAGGUCAUCGAUAUACUGAUAUCCAGCGGCGCGCACCUCUCGCGCUAUCUCGCGCAAUGUGCCAUUCAUCACUACUUCCGUACCCAAGUUGGGUUCAUCAAGACCCCAUGGGUCCGUAGCAUCUCGUUCCCGGUCUUCUCCCAUUUCAUGGCUGUGGCCGCGCGCAUGUACGGCGACAUACCCACCGGCAAGGGUGACGAUGACGCUUCCAUAUUCGCGGCGCUGUUGAAGCAGAACAGAUUCACCACGGACGUUCGGGCGGGCAAAUGGGAGAUGCUGAAAGAUGUGCUGGAAAAGUAUAAGUUUAUCCCCUUCUGCAAUAAGGAUCCCAUGAUGGCCCAAUUUCCUCUCGUGCUGGCGAUCGAGCCACGUCUUCUAACUUACGCACGCACUAAUGGCUUUUACAUGGAUCGCAAGUACCGUAAUUUCGUCUUCCGCAAGAUGUUCGAGAAACCAGCAGUUGCUUACGAGGGCCGUGCGGACGAGAUCAUUCAGAAUGUCCGCGAGUUAUCGCGUCUAGAUCCUGCCAUGUUCCUAAGCAGAACGGUAGCUGCCGAAAUUUGUAUGGAGGCGGGGACGAACGAUCAGGCCUAUGCAGCACUGAAGAGACUUGAUAAAGAAAGAGAGUUGAAGUAUGAUUUACGUUCUGUCGUUGGAGAACUUAUAAAGCUGUUCAUAAAUACUCGUUCGAUCUCGAAUCCGUACACAUUCCUUGUCCUCCGCGAAUUGCACCGUGACUACCCUUCGCAAGACCCUACCGUCCGUCUCGUUUUGCUGCUCAUAAUCUUCCACUCCGAGUCUAUACCGCUCUCACCAUCACCCAUAUCUCGCCCCACGACGACCCCCCUGCUUCGUGCGUACGUCUCGGCUUGCAAGGAAAAGGUGCAGAGCAUGGGCUUAAGCCCAGUGACGCGGUGUGACCUAGUCGACGUUCUUGUAAAUAAGUUCGUCCCCGAUCGUUUCUGGGGUGUUCUGGAGUAUGGCCGCGUCGUGUUAGGUUUGGAACAAAAGGAGGAAGAGGAGCUGCUGCAGGACGUCGCUCUCAAGUGUCUGGAGAUCAGCUGCAAGGGGAAGAUGCUCAAGAGGCUCGUCGAAUCACAUCCUUUCCUGUCUGAUGUGAUCGCCUCCCACGUGUUGCACAACUUCCGCAUAGACCUCGACGACUUGCCUCCGUCUGAAGACGAGAAUGCUUGCCACGAGUUCGAGGCAAGGCUCUGCAGAGACUUUGUGACUGUUAGGCGCAGUGGAAGCUUUGCAGAGGCUGCAGUUGAAGGGACAGGUUCUGCCCAAGUAGUGGAAGAUGUACAGGGCCAGCACCAAGAUACUGCUGAGGGUAACGACGAUGAUGACAGCGACAUUGUUGAGAUGCCCGAUCCCCCGGAUGACGGAGACGACGACGAUCUCGGUCCUGUUGGUCAAGACACUUUGACUUCCAUGAUCAGGAAGGAUGAAAUGGCACCUAUGCGGCGCCGCCGAUUUUAUGAAAUGGUCACGAACUAUCACGAUGGUCUAGGCAGGUUACCCUACCCAGCAGAUUACCAGCAGGUGGGGCGAUGGAUUCGCACCCAUUACGGUCAUCGCAGUGCAGUCAGCGCCGUGUUCAUGAUGCAUGCUAUCUUGAAUGAAAACACUGUUGUGCUUCAGCCGUACCUUUACUCAGAGAACUUCGACAUGGCCAAUCGCGUUCCCGUAACGCUCAAGCAGUUCAAGAUGCUCGGGCGGCUUGGUCGGUCGCCGUCUACCGCUCUGUAUGACGACAUCGAGGCCGGCAUCGAGUUUUACUUUGGCGAGGAAGAUUACUUGACUCCGGAUGAGCUCAGCGGCAACACUACUCCGCCCCGCAAGGCGCGAAGUCACAAGGUAAAAGUCAAGGCUGAGAACAGUGGUGGAUCGAGUACGCAGAUGGUGAAUGUUGCACCUCGUGCGGUUCCUUCAUCGUCCAGGCUUCCGAGCAGUCCCCGAGGAAAGAAUAGGCCACGCCGUAGUGCAGCGAGUACUGUAUGCUAUGUGGUUCCGGAUAGCGACGACGAAGGUAUCGUCGAGGGGAGGGUUGAUGAGCAUGUGAAGAAGCGUAGAGUGGAGUCAAACCUGCAGCGGUGGAUCAAGCACUUGUCUGUAUUACUGAAGGAGGAACAGAAGAAGUAUAAAGAAAAGAAGAAACGCGAACAAGCUGCAGCACAACCCGGUACCAAAGUGCGCGUGCUGAAGAGCGAAUUCUUCAAGUCGCUGUCGUAUAAUCUGCCUCGUCUGCGCAAGGCCGACAAGCUGAAACGCCAGCAGCUUUAUGGCGCGGAUGUUCCUGACGAAGAUUACAGUGAAGGCGAGGAAGACGAGUAUCAUUAUCGGACUACCCGAUCCAAGCGUCGCAAGGUCGAUACCGAGGACUGA